UCAAUCGUGGCUGUGUAGGUAAUCAUGGCAUCAGGUAGAUACUAAAGGGCAAAUCCCACCACAAGCAAUUUCAAUAUAAAGACUUCAAUAUGUCGUCUCAGAAUCUUCUCAGACAUUCCAAGAAUUUACAGAGGUCUUUGGUAUAAUCACAACAUCAAGCAGUAAACCGACCCGUCAACAAAAUGGGAAACCCGACAGAAGCAGACUUCACCUACGAAGGCAGCACCGCGCCACCUCCUUACGCCCCGGCGAACACCCACACAGAGUCAGACACGCCGGCGUACCAAGCCGUAACGGGGGAAGGCAGCUCCGGUGUCUCGGGAGUGACGAACAAGAUCCCACAAUUCCUCAACGCCUACUUCCCACCUCUCACGAAAUGGUCGCGGAUGAUGUAUCUAGGCGAACACGCCGAGCAACCGUUCUUUGCCGUCACUACGCACACGGGGCUCUCGGGGAAACCGAUGCUAGAGAUGCACGCAGGGCCGACCGGCUCCGAACCUAUUAUCGCGACAGCCGGGGCCCAGAGCCGGUUUUGCAGCGGCAAGACCACCGUCGUCAAGUUGAUCCCCGGCGGCGGCUAUCUUGAGAGCUCGACCGAAACCACAACCUUCAACGUAAAAGAGACUUACGUUAAGCGCCAUGUGACCUACCCGUUUUCCAUCGAAGUCGGGCUCGGGAAGGAUACUCGGGUUGAAAAUUUUGAGUGGCGCGGCAGUAGCGGCGAGGAGGUUAAGGGGCUUGAUAAGAGCUCGUGGAGGGGCUACAAGUUAGUCAGGCUAGGAAGCGAUUCCCUGGGCCCCGGCGGCGAAAGGGCGUCGCGGUCAACGGGCGCUUCGAGCGAUGGCAAGGAGGUCGUUGCGGUGUACACGGCGAACGGAAGCUUCAGCAGAAAUAAGGUGUUCAAGUUCCAGUUCCUCGAGAGCGGGGCUACAGGUGUGUUGGGUGAGAAGUUUGCUCUCGCGGCGGUUAUCACGGCUUCGAAGAUCGGGUACAUGGAAUUUAUCGUCACGCAAUCUGCCGCUGCAUCAUGAAGGUAUCAUUUUAGGCGGGGCGGGGUUUGGGUUGUGUACUGCACAGUAUUGUAUGCAUUGUUAGGCGCUUUCGGUUGCUGGGAUAAGCGGGACUCAACGAUGAAUCGCAUCAUAUGGAUAUAUGCGGCAUCCGUUCUAGAGAUUCAUCUUUUGCAAAUGCUUUCUACUAGGUAUGAAUGAACAUCCAAACCACUUUUUCCAUGACAAAAUCUUCGUACGAUAUUUAAUGUAGUUAGGUUCUCGCCUGAGAAACGUACCUAGACACGCACUAAUUCACCAAAAGACAGCCCUUAGUUUCCUUUAGCCAUUCUCUCAAUAAAUGCUUUAAGG